AGCAGAGUAAACACGCUUUUUUUUUCUCGAUAAAAUGACAUAGAGUAGGAUAUUUAACCCCCUCCCACACACACACACACACACACACACAGAGCAGUGGGCUGAUUCGUGGUUUGUGUUGCAGGUUUCUUCUCUCAGCUGAUGGUGACGUAGUUGCGCGCCUAACCGAGUCUGUCCGUGUGACUUUUAUUAGAGAUGGGGGGCGGAGGGCUGCACAGGGCGCAACCAUUUCACACCUCCACCGAACGACAGCAGGCCUGAGAUUAAUAUUAAUUAUGAGCACCGGAUAGGUGAGACUCCAGCGUUCAGUCGCCGAGCUCCGGGAACCGACCACAGCAGCUCAUUCCGAUGGUGCGCAAAGUCCGGCGGACUCCAGCCCCGGCAACUUGAAAAGACGCACAGCUGAGCGCGUUCCUCCGGCGGUUCAUACUAAUCGUUUCUCCAGAGGAGGCAACAGACAAGGAGCUUCCGCGGCUAGGAGGAUACCUACACGAGCGACAUCAUAGAUUCCCUGCGCUAUCGCAAAGCGGAGAGGAGAGGAGGAGGAGGCGGAGGAGGAGGAGGAGGAGAGCGCUGAUUCACGGCUUGCAGGAGGAGGGAGAGCCGUGCGGACAGGCUCUGAAGAUUCAUCUCCACCAAGGGUGCAACCUUAAAAUACUAACCACCCCCCCUCACCCACUCACCUACCUACCCACUCACCCCUUCUCCCCCACCACCUCCUCGUCCUCCUCCUCCUCCUCCCCCCCUCGUCAUUGACAGCUUUGCGACCCGGUCAAUCCGUCAGACAGGGAGGAUCUGAGGAGGUGGGAGCCGAGGCAGGAGAGGACGAAAGGCGAUCACCCCUGGCCGGUUUGAUCCAAUCGCCAAUAUCGAGCAGGCUGGGGACCUGCCUCUACGCACAUGAGGACGACACAGCGGCUUCACCGGGGGGUUUCUGUCCGAGGAGCACGCUAGACUCCAAUCAAUCCAGAGACUCUUUUUUUUUUUCUUUCUUUCUUUUUUUUUGACACCGCUUUCGUUCUGAUCUGCACAAUAAUAACAAUAAUAUCAAUAAAGGGGGGCGGACUGGAGCUGUUUCGCAGCCUAUACAUAAACUCCCCGGAAUACAAAUCCAGGUGGUGGGUGGAGAAAACCACAGCUCAGUGCUGGAUCCCAGAGGGGCCGUCAGUGUGGUAAGGACCCUUGAGACGAAGGAGGGUGCAUGGAGGGUUCAAGGCCGGUAAAACCAGGGUCGUCAGCCUGCCUCUGGUUGGGGCUGGUCUCUGUGGCUGUAGCCUUCCUUUGUACAGAGGCCCGGACCACCCCGAGCCCUCCGCAGAGCCCCAGCAAUGCCACCUGCAGAGGUAACUCAAAGUGUAGCGCUGGGAUCAUCCUGCCCAUCUGGUAUCCCGAGGAUCCCUCAAUGGGAGACAAGAUCGCACGGGUCAUUGUCUAUUUCGUGGCCCUGAUCUACAUGUUCCUUGGUGUGUCCAUUAUUGCGGACCGCUUCAUGGCAGCCAUCGAGGUCAUCACCUCCCAGGAGAGGGAAAUUGUCAUCAAGAGGCCCAAUGGGGAAACAACCACCACCACGAUCAGGGUGUGGAAUGAAACAGUCUCCAACCUCACCCUCAUGGCCUUGGGCUCGUCAGCCCCUGAGAUCCUGCUUUCUGUAAUUGAGGUUUGUGGACAUGGUUUCAAAUCCGGUGAGCUCGGGCCCUCAACAAUCGUUGGCAGUGCUGCCUUCAAUAUGUUUGUCAUCAUAGGCCUCUGCGUUUCUGUCAUUCCCCAAGGGGAGGUACGCAAGGUCAAGCAUCUCAGAGUGUUCUUUGUCACCGCAGGCUGGAGUAUCUUUGCUUACAUCUGGCUCUACAUAAUCCUGGCUGUAAUUUCUCCCAAUGUUGUCCAGGUCUGGGAAGGCCUAGUCACACUUGCCUUUUUCCCCAUAUGCGUACUCCUCGCCUGGGUGGCCGAUAGACGGCUGCUCUUCUACAAGUUCAUGCACAAGAAGUAUCGCCACGACAAACACAGGGGCGUCAUCAUUGAGACUGAGGCCGAGCGAUCCAAGGGGAUUGAGAUGGAUGGCAAGAUGGUCAACUCCCACUUCAUGGACGGAGGUGCAGCCAGCAACCUGAUUGGUUUGAUCGAGAGCAAAGAGGUAGACGAGUCCAGGCGCGACAUGAUACGCAUCCUGAAGGACCUGAAGCAGAAGCACCCAGAGAAGGAGUUGGAUCAGUUGGUGGAGAUGGCAAAUUACUACGCCCUCUCGCACCAGCAAAAGAGUCGGGCCUUCUACCGCAUUCAAGCCACACGCAUGAUGACGGGCGCUGGAAACAUCCUGAAGAAACACGUCGCAGAACAGGCGAAAAAGAGCGUGAGCGUGCAGGAGGUGCGAGUGGAGGAACCGGAAGAGUAUGUGUCUCGGAUUGCUUUUGAGCCUGCGGUCUACCAGUGCCUAGAGAACUGUGGUGCCGCCAUUCUCACCAUCACCAGGAAGGGUGGCGACAUCAGCCAGACCGUCUACGUGGAUUAUAAGACGGAAGACGGCUCAGCUAACGCCGGGGCCGACUAUGAGUUCACAGAAGGAACGAUAGUGUUCAAGCCAGGAGAGAUGAUUAAGGAAAUAAGUAUUGGCAUCAUAGACGACGACAUCUUUGAAGAGGACGAGCACUUCUUUGUGCGCCUCGGUAAUCUGCGCAUACUGGAAACCGAGGACGAGGUGCUGUCCCCCAACAGCCUCCCGUACCCCAAGGCCAUGCUAGGAUUCCCCACCGUGGCCACUGUGACCAUUCUGGAUGACGAUCACUCGGGCAUCUUCACCUUCGAGAGCGGCUCAGUCCAUGUCAGCGAGAGCAUCGGUAUUAUGGAAGUCAAAGUGCUGAGGACUUCUGGAGCGAGGGGGACGGUCAUUGUGCCUUAUCGCACCCUAGACGGACUUGCCAAAGGAGGAGGGGAGGACUUUGAAGACACCUACGGAGAGCUCGAGUUCAGGAACGAUGAGACCUGCAAAGUUAUUCACGUGAAAAUUAUUGACGAUGAGGAGUAUGAGAAAAACAAGAACUUCUUCCUGGAGUUGGCCGAGCCUCGCAUGGUAGACAUGAGUCUGCAGAAAGCCCUGUUGUUAGCUGGUGAUGUACCAGACAGGAAGAUGACAUCAGACGAGGAGGAAGCCAAGCGGAUCGCGGAGAUGGGAAAACCUGUGCUGGGGGAACACUCCAAGCUGGAAGUCAUUAUUGAGGAAUCGUACGAGUUUAAGAGCACCGUGGACAAGCUGAUCAAGAAGACCAACCUGGCUCUGGUGGUGGGAACGAACUCCUGGAGAGACCAGUUCAUGGAGGCCAUAACAGUCAGUGCAGACGAAGACGAGGAGGACACGGGUGAAGAGCGGCUGCCGUCCUGCUUCGACUACGUCAUGCACUUCCUCACCGUCUUCUGGAAGGUCCUGUUUGCUUGCGUCCCCCCCACGGACUACAUGAACGGCUGGGCCUGCUUCGUCAUCUCCAUCGCCAUCAUCGGCCUGCUCACGGCCGUCAUCGGCGACCUGGCGUCUCACUUCGGCUGCACCAUCGGCCUCAAGGACUCGGUCACCGCCGUGGUUUUCGUGGCGCUCGGCACGUCGGUUCCAGACACCUUUGCCAGUAAGGUAUCGGCCGUUCAGGACACCUACGCAGACGCCUCCAUUGGGAACGUGACCGGCAGCAACGCCGUCAACGUGUUCCUGGGGAUCGGCGUGGCCUGGUCGGUGGCGGCCAUUUACUGGCACAUAAAAGGGAAGCAGUUCAUGGUGGAGGCCGGCUCGCUGGCCUUCUCCGUCACCCUCUUCACCAUCUUCGCCUUCCUGGCCAUCUCGGUGCUGCUUUACCGGCGCCGGGCCCACAUCGGAGGAGAACUGGGCGGGCCCCGAGGACACAGACUGGCCACGUCAGCCUUCCUUUUCGGCCUCUGGUUCCUUUACAUCCUCUUCUCCAGUCUGGAGGCCUACUGUCAUAUAGAAGGCUUCUAAACAGGAAAAAAAGACUCCGGUGUGGCAGAGUACAAAACAUACAGGAGUUAAAAAAGUACAACUUCAGAGGUAAAAGAGUGAAUUCUCACUGUGGAAUUUGGGUCAGUCUUGUGUGGUAUAAAAAGGACAGGAGAGGUAAAACCCCCCACGGUUUUGCGAGACACCUCCACCCUCUCCCGCUCUGUCUCCCUUAACCCCUUCUGUAAGGAUGCUUGAAAGUGUGUAUCCUGCCCUCUAGUGCCGACAGACCUGGCUAAAAACAGAGUGCCCCCCCUCAAAACCCCACCCCACCCCUUCCCCGAGCCCUGGUGCGAGUGUGCUUACAGUUGGGAUUGGAUUACCACCGACUCCAGAAGAUGCCGAUGCCAAGAGGUGGUCCUGCAUUCCACUGGAAGAGACUGAGGUCAAUCAGAGGUCUAUAUUUUUCUCAACAUCUCACGAGAACGACUUUUUUAAAAAAGUAUUUUGGGGAUAAAAACGCAAAAAAUAACAGAAACAAAAAAAAAACAACACACACACACACACACACACACACAAAAACCACACACACACACAAAGAGGAAUCAAAGAACUAUUUUCUGAUUUAAGGAUUAACAAAAUCAUUAUAUCGAAGAUGGGAAUAUGUCGUUGAGUGACAGUGGGAUGGAUUCAUAGUAUUUAUUUUUAUUUGCAUAGUUUUCCUAAGGAGCACUGCAGAGUUCUCAGAAAUCACAUGAAGAAGAAAAAGAAGAAGAAGAAGAAGAAGAAGAGGAGCGACAGUGACAUUGGUUCAUACUGGCAGACGGAUCACCACUCACACAGGAGAAGACACAGUGAACAUGAUCAAACUGCCCUGAACAUUACUUCCGUAACUCUAAACGUAUCUAUAUAUAAUAUAUUUCCAUAUUUUCUGUAUAUUUUGAAUAUUUGUUUAAAUGUGGUCACCUUCUGCGCUAACAACAGAGGAUUGCUGUGGCUAAGCGGGACGGGACGGGAGAGACGGGAGGGGAGGGGGGAGACUUAAAAAUAUAUACUGGAACGAUGUCUUCACAUUUCUAAGAGUUAUGUAUCUUGCCUAGGUAAAAGUAUGACAUUGUAUUUUAUUUAUUUACUGAUAUCUUGGUCUCACUAGAGUUUUCACCUUUUCAAUCAGAAAUCAGAAAAAAAAACAAAAAAAAAAACGAGAAAAAAAAUCUAAACGUGUUGCUGCAGAGAUCAAUUCAGAGGUAUUUUUGUACUGUUCCUUCCAUGCACUUUGCUGUAUAGUUCUACUUAUGGAGACUUCUACAUGUACAUGUGCAAAAAGGCCAAUAUAAAAGGUGUCACUAUGGACUGAACAGAGUGCCUGUGGAGGAAGAGGCGUUCGCUGCAGCCGCCCACACUGGCCGGCUCCGUGCUCUGCUGGAAACCUCGAGAGUUUUUUCCAAAAAAUUUGCAUUUUUUGGUCAUAUUUUUUUCUUUCUUAUGUAUUAUUCUGUGGGUUCUGACACAACCAACUGAUUCACUUAACGCGCUGCAGUAGAAGAUGAAGUCGUUGGUCUCUUCUGAACCUCCUCUAAAAAUUUACUUUCCCUGUUUAAUCAUAGUAAAAUGCAGUGCUAAGUCAUUUUAAACAUUUUAAUUGUAAUCUCCACUUUCUAAAACAAUUGCUGCUUUUAUUUCAAAUAUAUCAGAGCUAGUGAUGAAGAUAAGUAGCCAGAUGGAGAAGUAUUCCGACAAAAAUUUAUAACUAACUGCAGACUAUAUUUUCGAAAAAAUCUGAAACUAUAAUUAUAUUUCACCAGUUUUAUUUUUAAUCCCAGUCUAGAUAACGGUGUAGACAUCAACUUUUGCUAAGCUGGCUGCCAUCGUUUCCUCAUACGACACAGAAGUGAGGCCAAAAUAUCGCAUAAACAGACGCCACCAUCUUGAUUUGGCGACAUCAUUUGCAACCAGAAUGUGCCCUAACUGUGAUCACAUAGUUGAUAUGUAGCUAGGCAGCUGCAAAUCAACUACUUUUCUGCUGUUUGCUUGCUAGCUACCGUAUUACAUUCACAUCAAAUAUGUUGAGACAAGAGCCGUCUUUCAAUUUUUCUGUGUACAAUUCGUCUACAGAGGAUCACAGACUCACUACUACAACUAAUAAAUAAUAAUACAAUGUACUUAAACCUAAAAUUGAACUCGUUAGCAAACGACUAUAAUAUAGAUAACAGUUUAGCAAACUAGCAUAACUUAAUAUAGCAAAUGCUGUGGCAUCAAGAAAAGAUGAAGCUUAUGGAAUAUAUCAAAUAUGCCUCUGACAUAUUAUGAAAUUGUAAAGAAAACUCUCAACAACUAAAUAACUACUUAAUUAAUAUAAAAACUUUCCAUCUACAUCUUUCUGACAGUGUCACCAAACAUGUCACAAUUCAUGAAUUUGAAUCUUACAAAUGUCCAAGGCCGUGAAUACCAUAAGAGGAAGACGUUCAUAUUGACUUGUUCUUCUAAAGGAGGUAAUUGUUGAAGACAUCCAUGAAGGUGCUAAGGAAACACCCUUGAAAACAAAAUUAACAUAAAGGGGGCGUGGCUUAUGACGGCUAUUGCAGCCAUCCACCAGGGGGCGAUGUAUGAUGAGAGUUUGGCUUCACUUCUGUAGGGCUCUGAUCAAAUCCAUAAAGUUCAAUACUACGCUCUCUUUUAUCUCCUUUUCGGUCUCCACUGACACUUUAAACAGCAGAAAUAUUUUAGCAAUUAUAUAUAAUAAUUUCUCCAUAAUCUCUAUGCUAGCUGUGCUGGGCAGCUAAACUUUAGCUGAAUUAGAUAAAACGCUAAAAAGCUACAUCCCUCAAAUUACAUAUUGCAAACAUAAAGAAUAAUAUUGAACAGAAAUAUCUGGUGAUUCUACUUUUUUAUUAUUAUUAUUUUAUUUUUUACAUUUUUCAGAGUUCAGCAUGAUUUAAACUUUUGCUUCUGCUUAUUGUUUAAAGAGCACGUGUUUUGGACUGAAACUCUUCAAAGUAAGAAGCAGCAGCAGCAGCAUCCAGAGCUGCAGGCGUGGGGUUGUGAGAGCAGCAGGUAGCUCCAGGUUGAAUUUGAACGUAGCCUGUUAUUGAUACUGAAUGCUGUUCAACACACGACUGGUGCUUUGUUUUUAAAACGAGAGAAAAAAGUAUAUAUAUAUAAAAACUCCCACGAGUGCAACAAAAAAUAUAUAAAUAUAUAUAUAUAUAUAUAUACAUAUAAACUUUUAUUACUUUAUUUGCAUAAAGUGUAGGUUAGGAUGUAAUCAGUCAGAUUUAAAAAUCACCCAAGAGAUUACCAAAGAGGUGGGAUGCAACAUCUGUUUUGAAAUACAUUCAAUAAUAAUAAUAAAAAAAAUAAAUAAAAUGGCAGUGACACUGUAUUUCCACAAGGGGGAUGUCAUUCUCUAGUCCCUGUGGUUGUCCCUUCUACUUCUUAGCACCACUCCUCCUCCUCCUCCUCCUCCUCCUCCUCAGUGUUCUUCCUUUGUGAUGGGCAGCGUUGUAAAUACGUCUCGUGGCUGAAUCGGAUGCUCUCUCUUCCCGGCCCUGGACAAACACCUGCUCGCCUCACUCUUAUCUCCCACUAUCUCUCGUACACAUCAAACACACAUCAGAGCGACGGGCCCACGCACUGCUGCUGCACAGGACGGGGGACAGUCGUCCCCUCCGUCCCCUCCGUCCCCUCCGUCCAGCAGCUGUCCCACUCAGACGCAACACUAAAAAACCCCACAUUAUGUACAUAAUUUUCAGUGUAUGUUUACAUCGACACAUUAUAGGUGUCCUGGUUGGGGAGGGGAGGGUAGGGGUGGGUAGGGGGGGGACGCAUGACUACACAACUCUCACAUCUCAUCUCACCUGCAGUUGUAUCAUCUGAGCCAGUGUGAAGGUUUUAAUUAUUAUUAUUAUUAUUAUUUUUUAUGCUUUGUUAAAAUUCUGCACCGGGAAAUGUUUUUGAGUUUACCAGGUGUCCAGGAAGUGUUUUUAGCUCCGCCUUCAGAGGCUUUUUAUGUGCUUGGUUUGGUUUUGAUUUGAUCUGCCGGGGAGGGAAGUGUUUGGGGGCUGAAGCUGUCGGUGCGUUCGUGUGCUCGUCCUCCUGCACAGGCGGCGUCGCUGUUGGACUUCACGAGGGCACGACUCCAAACCUGUCAUUUUUGUCUUAAUAACAAUACAUGUCUUAAUUCUGCAAGCGAUUUAAAAGAGACAUUUAUCAUGACACCUCACUCACUUCUCAAGGCACCAGUCUGAAUAUUUAUUUCCUUUCCUUUCUCAGCCUGUGGGAUGGAAGCAGUGAAACAUCACCGUACAGUGAUAACUGGAUAAUUGUGGUUUAUUAUGUUGUUAGACACUGAGGGAAGUUUCAUUGAUGAGGUGGAUACUGUUCUUUUAACUUUGUCUCUUUUUUGUGUGUGUGUGUGUGUGUGUGUAUAACAGGAAAGGGGCACAUUUUAAAGGAUGGGUAUGUUUUUUUUUUUUCCUGGCCUGCAAUGAGAUGUCAAAAUAAUAAUAAAAAAAGGCAAAUUUCCAAAGCUGACGGUGUUUUUGAGAUCAACCGGUUUUGUUCUUUAAUUGUGGAAUAAAACAGCUUUCUGGUUCAUAAGCAAA